AUGUCUUUUUCGAAUCCAAUUCGUAUUCCUCUAGUCUUGCCAACUGUUGAUAUAUUUACAUUUGGAGAAUCGUCUCUUUUUGGUUAUGAUUCGUUAAAUAAUAGUCUUAUUGUUUGUUCAUUAAUUGAAUUCAAUAAUACCAAUGAUCAACUAAUUGACCGAUUGCACUUAUCUUUAUUAACAACAUCGUCUAUUCGACGAUUGGUUUUAAAUCCAGAUGAAACAGUUCUUGCUCUUAUUGCUGAGAAAACAGCCUAUUUAGUCUAUUUGCCACAAACAAAAAAUUCACCAUCAAAAGGUUCUCGUUUAUGUCCUGCAAAUGUUAUUCCUUCAUUAAAAACGAAUUCAACAUCAGUAGAUAGUAUUCUAAUUGAUUUUAUUUGGUUGUCUUCAACUCACUUUGCUAUUGUUUGUUCGAUUCCAUCAUCAUCUGAAUGUCAUCUUUAUCAGAUUCUUCCAUCCAAAGCUGGCGGAAUUAAUCAUGUUCAAACAUUUUCUGUUGGUAUACCAUCAAUAGGUGACCGAAAAACUAAUGGAACACCUAAUAAAAAAAUUGCUCUUCGACAAUCAUCGGAUAUUGUCAAACUUGAUGUAGCAAAAAGAAAACAAGGAGAUUUAAAAUUAAUUCUUCUUUUUGCUAUGAAAGCUGAUGGAGAUAUUUAUAUGUUGGAAAUUAAUCAAAAUCAAUUACUAAACAAUGAGAUUGAAAUAACAUCAGAAUUUGGUGAUCCUAUUCGUAUUCUUCCAUCGACACAUGAUAAUUAUGGUGCUGAUCAUACUCAUUCAAAUCUGAUUUGUUUAUCUUGUUCACCGUUUCCAAUAAUUAUAUUUACACGUGAUAAAUGUCAAAUAUAUGAAUGUGUUUUUCUUAAUCCCACAAUUGAUCAAUAUUAUUUAUUUACAAUUGAUUCUAUUAGUUUACCAAUAGACGAAAAUAAUCAAAUAAUAAAAUCGAUGAUUAUUGAUAAACUUAAUUCAAAUGUUUAUUAUGUUUGUGAUUCGUCAUCAAAUAUUUAUUCAAUUGAAAUUUUCUGGAAUAAUAACAUUCAAGAUCAAGGAAAAAAAAUUCAAUCAACAAACGUUCAACAUAUAAUUAAAUCAAAUGAUUUCAUUCAACAAAUUGGUUUAAUUCAAACAAGUACUAAAGGACAAUGGCUAGCUUUUAUUACUAAAACAAAAAACAAUCAUGAAAAGGAAUUAAUUCUCAUUCGUCCUAAUUCUUUAUCUUUAACAUCAUCAAGUUCAACAUUUUUUGAAUCUCUUUCUUUGAAUGAAACAAAACAAAUAAAUAAAUCGAAUUCAUCAUCUGAAUAUCUUGAUCGUAUUCGUAAGAUUCUAAUUCGGGAUCAAUCAUUACCACACACAACCAUAUCAACAUCAUCGUCAAUUGAAAAUAUUUCUAAUUCAGAUUUUGAAAAAAAUCUUUUUAAUUUCUUAACAAUUAUCUCUGAACAAUAUAUUGAAAAACAAGAAAAACUUCAUAUUGAAUUAGAAAAUAAACAACGUUAUUUAUAUGAUUUUCAACAAACACAAUUAAUUGCUAAUCAAGAAAUAUCUCAAAAAUUUGAACAAGUUCAAGAAAAAUUUCAGAUAUUAAAUCAACAAUAUGAACAAGAAUAUGCUCGUCGAAAAGAUCUUGCAGCAAAAUUCGGUGAUCUUUUAUCUGUGAUUGAACAACAUACACCUGUUAUGUCUGAUGAAGAAAUUUUAAUGUAUCAACAAUUAGAGAGAUAUAGAGUUCAAAUAAAUUCUCUUCAGAAAAAAAUCUCUCUAUUGAAACAAUUUAUUAUCCAACAGCAACCUGUUAAUAUCAAGAAAGAACAAGUUGAUCAAUCAUUCAUCGAAACAAUUCACAUAUUCGUUCAAUAUUAUAGAGAUAAAAUUUAUGAAAUGAAAAAAGAAUUACCGACUAUUGAUCGUAAUAAUUAA